CUCCGCCUCCCCCAUCACCACCACCUCCCUCUCCGCCUCCUCGCCGCUGAGCGGUGGAGCCGUGCUCAAGCCACACUCCUGCACAACAGCGCGCCGCUGGAGUGAGCGGUGGAGCCGUGCAGCCGUGUGCUCAUGACGCAUGUCGUCCGCAUGAGCUCAAUGCCCACGAAACUCGGCAAGUCGGAGCAGGCUGGAAAUCUGUCGCGAUACCUCUUUGCGGCGUCCAAGCUUUACCCGCCCCGAGGCAUGCAGCGCGGCGUCAGCAUCGCCGAGACGCUCAUGCGGUGGAGGUCGGUGUUCCACACCAACCCAGACCGCAUGACGCUCAGCGAUCGCGAGCAGCUCUUUGAGCGGUCAGAGGUGGUCGGCAGCCUCGACGCCUUCGUCUCGCACUCGUGGAAAUCGCGAGGGCGCUACAAAUGGGCCGCCUUGGUUUUCCACGAGCUUGGCAUCGUGCCUCUGGUCGCUGCGAUCGUCGCCUGCCUCAUGAUGGCCUGGCAAUCAGCGGCGUUUCACAUCGCCUGUGACUCCAACGGAAAUCCCAUCAUCAACCUGCCCGUCCUGAGGGAGACGAUGGUGGCCGGGCUUCCGACGGUGACGGUCGCCUCACCGUGGGAGUAUGUGCUGGGCAUCUCAGUCGCACUCUCCUCGGCCGUCUUCCUGCUCGCCAUGCAGCGGCGACGCUACUAUUUCGUCGACGCGGCCUGCAUCCCUCAGACCGAUCGAGCGCAGAAGGUCCAGGCCAUCAGGCACCUGGCAGGCUUCGUCGCCCUGUCGCAGCGGCUGCUGGUCCUCUGGGACGAGCACUACUUCACCAGGCUCUGGUGCGUGUACGAGCUGGCCGUUUUUCAGGCGGUGCACCCGAACCGUCCCGUGAUCUUUCUGCCGCUGCAGUGCGCCGCCGCCUCGUUCGUCAUGCUCGGACUGAUCUUUCUCGGGAUAAACCUGUUCGCAAUCGGGUGGGUGGUCGUCGUCCACGUGACGAUGCCUUGGUCGUCUGUCUACUCGCUGUUUGUGAUGCCUCCAACGGUGUGGGCCGUCCACUUUUUCGGACAGGUCGCGGCCGCGUUUUGGGGCGCGAGCGCCGUCUUCCAGCGGAUCCUGCUCCAGCAGACUCUCGACUCCUUUGAUGUGAGGCAGGCUGGCUGCUCCUGCGCCACCGACCGCGAGGAGAUCUACGCCGCCAUCGAGGGAAUGCACAUGCACCACGGGGGCGGUGGGCUCGACGCGUUCAACCGGAUGGUUCGGACCACUCUCAAGGAUCAGGUGCUGCAACGCCUCUACGGCCCUCAGGGCCAAAGCACGGUCAAGUAUUCGACGCUUCUCAUGGUGCUGCUUCCCGUCACCUGCUUCGUGCUGGGCCAAAUGUUCACGGCCAUCCGCGAGUCCCCCGCCUUUGUGCAGGGCGCCUGUCUCACCCUCUUCAUCACGACGACCCUGUGCACCAUCCCCUACCUCUACCUCAACGGCAUCGACAGGGGCGCGCGCCUGGCACGCGAGAGCAGCCAGCCGGGCUGCAACACCCUCCGAGCGUUUGAAUCGCGGGCGCGGCUGGCAAUCGUGUGGACCGCGGUGCGCGGCGCCACGGAGGUCACGCUGGCGGUCAGUGCAUGCAUCUCGAUGUACGCGGCUGCGGAAUGGCCAGAGGCCUUCGGCCUCAGCCCUCGGAGUCCCUGCGUCUGGGUAGUCGUGAGCCUGUGGAACGCCGCGUGGGGGCUCGUGGCGUACCGCGCCUUUGGCGUUGGGUCGAGGGCGGCGGCGACGCCCGACGGUGCCCUGGUUGGCGCGAACGAGAGCAGCGCCAGCUAGCAGCGGGGUGGACCUUGAAGGAGGGGGAGGGCGGGGAGGCUGAUCGAUUACAGCUGUACUCGUGUCAGUGUUGAGUUUGUGCAUUUGUUAUAUUGUAUCGCCAGUCCCGUGCCUAGUGUGGUGCGAGGAGUUUUGUUUUCAAGCUACAGACUGCUUCAGACU